CCGCCGGCAGCCGGAGCCCUCGUAGCGGGAGCCGCACCCCGCCGCCGCUCUGCGGGCUCGGCCCCUCGCCCUCUCUUCAUUCACCAGUCCGAACCCGCUCGUCUCGCUCCUCGGACCGACCAUGUCUGGCGGCGCCGCAGAGAAGCAGAGCAGCACUCCGAGCGCCCUGUUCCUCUCGCCGCCGGCGCCUUCCGCCAAGAAUGGCUCCAGCUCCGAUUCCUCGGUGGGAGAAAAACUGGGCAGCGCGGCGUCCGACGCUGGGACCGGCCGGACGGAGGAGUACCGGCGUCGCCGCCACACUAUGGACAAGGACAGCCGUGGCGCGGCCGCGACCACGACCACCACGGAGCACCGCUUCUUCCGCCGCAGCGUCAUCUGCGACUCCAACGCCACGGCGCUGGAACUGCCCGGCCUUCCCCUUCCUCUCCCCCAGCCCACCGCCUCCGCGGUCCCGCCUCAGAGUACUCCGCCGGAGCCGCACCGCGAGGAGACCUUGACCGCCACCGCCGCUGCCCAGGUAGCGCAGCUCCCUCCCGCCUCUGCCGCCCCCGGGGAGCCAGCCGGCGCGGGCCCUGCCGCCGCGACAGCCCCCGGCAGUACCAGCAGAGAUCGCCAAGUGUCCCCGCCCAACCAUGUGGGGAGCAAAGAGGAGCCUCCGUCGGCCAGAAGCGGCAGCGGCGGCGGCAGCGCCAAGGAACCGCAGGAGGAGCGGAGCCAGCAACAGGAUGACAUCGAAGAGCUGGAGACCAAGGCCGUGGGAAUGUCCAAUGAUGGCCGCUUUCUCAAGUUUGACAUCGAGAUCGGCAGAGGCUCCUUUAAGACCGUCUACAAAGGUCUGGACACUGAAACUACUGUGGAGGUCGCCUGGUGUGAACUGCAGAGAGAGAGAUGA